CUUCUAAUUCCCGCAUCUGGCAAUUUUGCACUGUUAUUGCGUAAUAAAGUAAAUUGCAGCCGGUAGCGGAAGACGGAUAGAUACUACGACAGUGGGAUUGUGAUAAAAAGACUUCUUCCCAUCCUCUGGCCACUUAGUGCACCUCUAGUUAAUCCAAUCUGAAAUGGCAAAAUUGGACGAAAAAAUCGGUUUCAUCGGUGGCGGCAAUAUGGCCUUCGCUAUAGGUUCCGGGCUUAUUACACGGGAAUUUGUGAAAACCUCACAGGUGCUUGUGUCAGGACCGAAUACCGAGAACUUGGCCCGUUGGCGAGAUAUAGGCAUAGCAACCACAGACAAUAAUUGCGAAGUACUGGACAAGGCUGACAUUAUAUUUAUAUGCGUGAAACCACAUAUUCUAACACCAAUGGCCACACACUUACGUGGAAUGUAUACUACCACUGCGAAAGACAAAGAUAAAUUAUUUGUCUCGGUAUUGGCUGGGGUAAAUCUCAAGACACUGGAGGAGAAAUUCUCUUUUGUGGAUGGCUUAAAAAUGAUACGCACAAUGCCCAACACACCCAUGCAAAUUGGUGAGGGCAUCACUGUGUACACACCUGGUUCCUAUGUAAAGCAACAGGAUUUGGAGAAACUACACUUGAUGCUGAAUUCCUUAGGCAUCGCACAGCAAGUGCCAGAGGCUAUGAUAGACUCUGUAACUGGUGUAGCUGGGUGCGGGCCGGCAUUUGUGUAUACUAUAAUUGAAGCUUUGGCUGAUGGCGGCGUUAAACAAGGUGUGCCGAGGCAAAUGGCACUGCAGUUUGCGGCGCAAAUGUUACUUGGUUCUGCAAAAAUGGUAAUGCUGAGCGGCAAACAUCCAGCGGUUUUACGAGAUGAGGUUUGUUCACCAGGUGGUGCAACUAUUGUAGGUGUGCAUGAAUUGGAAAAGGGCAACUUGCGCGCAACUCUCAUCAAUGCUGUAGAAAAAUCCAGCCAACGUGCUGCUGAGCUGGGCAAGAAAUAAACGUGUGACAACAUUCAUUCCCUUCCAGUAUAUAAUAAAGCAUUUGUGACAACUAUCUCGGACAUAUUUAUAACUUUAUUUAAAAAAGGAGAAUAUUCACAAUUACAACUAAUCAUUCUUAUUAGAUAAUUAAAUAAAAAAAAAACUUUAUUGGAAUCAUUCCAAGUCAUUAAAA